AGCGGCCGCUACUCGUCCUUCAACCCUCCAACAGAUUCUGUUCUCGCAAUACCGGCAUUUGAGUUCUGGUGUACCUCGUGUUGCCUUCAAAGGCUUCUGGGAGUCCUGAGUGGACAGCAACCCUCACCGACCCUUCUCAUCGACGAGCAUCAGGUCCCUGCAAGAUGGGCACCGUUGUCGAAGGGGCGUCUGCUCCAGUAGCACGACUGGUGCAAUAUCUAAGUGCGAGGGCCAACACCAACCCUGCCAUGGCUCAAUAUUUUGCUGCUAGGUUGGCCCGCAACAAAGAUGCCAUGACCCUCUAUGCAGCGUCUCUUUGCGGUCUUGUUGCACUUUUCACGAUUCUGCAUUGGACUAGAAUACUGUCCAAAGGUCUAAACAAGUCCAAUGCAUUGUUGAGGCCUGUGACUUCAUUCUCAAGACUCGUCCGGCGAUACACGCUACGAUAUAUGCCCAUAUUCACUUCAGGAGGGCAAUUCCUUGUAGUUGCUACCUGGUUGGCACUCAACAUCGGCUUCACAGUAUACAACCAUGGAGGGUCAAUGACUGCAACCGCGAUCGCCAACCGUACAGGAUGGCUUGCCUCUGCCAACAUGGCCGUGGUCGUGUUUCUUGCCAUGAAGAACACUCCAUUGGCCAUCUUGACACCUUACUCCUACGAGCGUCUUAAUGGCCUCCAUCGCGUGGCUGGAUAUACCACCCUGGCACACAUGAUAGUUCAUGCUACUGUCUAUACAAACUAUUUCCUCACCACCUCAGGACCUGCCAAGUUUACAGAGGAUCAUAUUAUCGCGGGUAUCAUUCUUGGCUUCGCAGUUCUCUUUACCGUGCUCGUGGCUACAUUCCUCAGACGUGCGAACUAUGAGUUGUUCUACAUUGCACAUGUCUGUCUAUUCAUUGUCAUUUCUGUCACAUUCGCUCUGCACCAGCCUCACCUAGACACCAUCCUUCCCAUCGCCCUUGUCACUGCCGGCUUCUGGUUCUACGAUCGUCUCAUCCGUGCCAGCCGGCUUGUAUACAACAGCAUAAACAACGAGGCCAGAAUUGAGCCCUUGCCAAAUGGUGGUACACGGGUUAUCCUUAAGAAGCCUCUUUCCGGUGCUCGUGCUGGCAAGCACUGCUACCUUUGGCUGCCUAAGAUCCGGAGUUUUCAGACGCAUCCGUUUACUGUCGUCUCCAACAACCCCUUGGAGCUAAUUGUCGGUUCUCACGACGGGUUUACUAAGGAACUCCACGACUAUGCUGUCGCAAAUCCAGGGGCGAUCCUCAAAGCAUCCGCAGAGGGGCCGUAUGGUACAUUUCCAGACCCGGCCAAGUAUGACAAAGUGAUCCUCGUUUCUGGUGGCUCUGGCGCCACUUUUACGCAUGGACUUGCCGAGGAGAUGCUGGAUAAGAUGGUCACCGAUUCUGAGCAAGACAUUAAUCUCAUCUGGGCUGUCCGUGAGCACAGUCACGUAUCUUGGUUCACAAAACGUCUUGACAACAUCCUCACCCAUGACAAGCGGCAACAAAUUGAGCUAAAAGUUCACAUCACAAGUCAUGAAACACUGGAAACGCCUGUCAUGGCUGAAACGGAUGCAGGGACGGCGCAUAGGACUUCCUCGUCGGCAUCAUCAACCACUGGCGCAAGUAUCGAGAUCCUCAACGAGAAGAGCGAGACCAGUGGGUCAACGACGUCGACCGAGGAUGAGAAGUCAAAGAAACCUAUCAUGGAGUAUUCCCUGUCGCGGCUGAGCAGCGGGGAUCUGUCAUCGGCUGCCGCUGCGUCUUUAUCUUCCGUAAGGGUCGGAGUCGAGCCAUCACUCUCGAGACAGGAGAAAGACUUGGAGAGUGGCUUCUCAACGGACGUCGAGAAACCCAGCAGUGCUGAAGCAAACGCCAUAACCUUGUCAUCCGCCAGUACUAUAGCGCCGACACCUCAUGCGGUUCCUUCUCUCAGAAAGUUGGACAUUGGUCCUUCAGAUUUGCCAGUGCCGACAUUGGCACUACCCCCAAGCCUGCCACUGCUCCCUGGAAGACCUGAUGUAGCAGCUUACAUCAAGGCCACCAUUUCUUCCGUGGAGCCGAGUAAGAGGGUUCUCGUCGCGGCUUGCGGACCACCGUUGAUGCUCAAGACCAUACGCAACGCGGCGGCUGAGUGUGUAAGGGGUGAUGGUCCAAGCGUCGAGGUGCAUUGCGAGCAGUUUGGCUGGUAAUGGGAUCUUGCGAGUAUUUCUUGUACAAAUGGUUUUUGCGAGGUGUCUGGUUGUGUUUUCUGGCUACGGGGCAGUGCUUUCAUCGUGGUGUGCUUGGGAUUGCGUGCUUGGGAUGACGUUCUUGCGUUUUGUCUUAUGAUGGGGUUGGGGUUUCCUGGCGCAAAGUGAAGCCACACAACCUGGUUAUGCUACCGAAUGUCUUUAUACUUGUUUGCAAAAUGCCUGUCGUGGCUCCAUACAUAUAUAGUGCUCGUUUUUGGGGACGAUCUUAUGGGAAAUGAGACGAUAUGACCUUCAC